CGACGCAACAGCAUUCGUUGGUCUUUUUGUGUGCAGUGAGUGGUAAUGUAAAAUCGUAUCGAAAGUACUCUUUUUCAAGGAAAUUACAAUUGAGAAUCAUGGAAUCCAGCGAUAUACUCAACUGUCAUGCUGUCAGAAUAAAGGAGGAGCCUAGGGAUGUGCCCUGUAGCGAAAAUAAUAGUAAAAUGAUUGACGAAAACCCCGAUCUUAAAAACGUUCAACUCCUAUCAUUUUCGCCAGGACAUUCGACCCAUAAUCUUCGAAAAGACGAUGGGAAUCAUGAAAGUCAACUUGAUAACGAAGUGGAAGUAAUCGUCGAAUGUGAAGACGUCAAACCCAACAUUGAUUUAUUAACAGUUAAAAAAAUCGACGAUGAUUUUCCAUAUCACUUGCGAAAAAGAAAAGUUAACUAUAGUUACAAAACUCAAAAAAUAAUUAAGAAAGAAACCGUGGGUGAAGUGAAACAAGAAUUUUUCGACGACGAACUUGUCGAAAAAAAUAGAAAAAGGAAAAUCAAAGAAAAGGCUGACCAUCAACGUGGCAUUGUAGUCCAGAAAACUUUCCCUCAAGAAAGUCAUCUAAAAACACACAUUGAUACGGUUCAUAAGGGUACCAAACAUACAUGUGAUAUUUGUGGAAAGUCAUUCACACAAAAGGGCAGUCUCAAAAUCCAUAUCGAUAAGGUGCAUAAUGGUCUUAAAUUUACAUGUGAUAUUUGCGGAAAGAAAUGCUCAAGUAAGGAUUAUCUGAGAAUUCACAUCAAUUCGGUGCACAAUAAAAUCACCUACUCUUGUGAUUUAUGCCAAAAGAAAUUCACACAAAAGUCCAGUCGGAAAAUCCACUUUGACGCGGUGCAUACAGGUGUCACGCAUACAUGCGAUGCAUGCGGCAAGAUAUUCACCCGGCCGUGCAGUCUCAAGGCUCACAUCGAUGUGGUACACAAUGGUGUCCAACACUCGUGUAAAAUAUGCGGAAAGAAAUUCUCAACUGCGGGGAACAUCAACAGACACAUCAAUUCGGUACAUAAUGGUAUAUCGUAUGAAUGCAACAAAUGCGGAAAGUCAUUUAGUCAAAAAAUUACUCUAAAAAAUCACACCGAUUCGGCGCAUAAUGGUCUCGUAUCUACGUGUGACCAUUGCGGGAAAAAAUUCAAAACUAAGACCUACCUCAAGUGCCACAUAGAUGCGGCACAUAAAGGCAUCGCUCAUGCAUGCGAUCUAUGCGGAAAGAAAUAUACAACGAAGAAUAAUCUUAAAUCUCACAUUGAUUCGGUGCAUCGCUCACGCAUCAGAAAUUCAUGAACGUAUCGAAUUUAAUGUAAAUAUCAUGACUUCUUUUAAUGCU